AUGGGACCAAACUUUCAAGGCUGCGGUGUGAAACGGCCGUCUGUUCCAAAAGGUUCGUGGUUUUACAUAUUUCUCAAAAUCAUUACUAAUUCAUGAACAAAGCACAAUAGAAACCAGCACCGUUGUCUUGGUACCACGAUAAUAAACCCCUCUUUAAGUACAAGUCCGUUUGAGAAUUGAAAAUUGAAAGCUGUUUAUAACCGGCGUAUAAAACACCUCAAAGUAUGUGGAAAAACUCGGUUAGCUCUCGUUUUUCAACACAUUACUCUCAUUCAACUCACCCUAAUACAUUUUUAUUUUGAAACGAUCUAUUUUUUAGCUAAGGAUAUUUGCGCUUCCUUGGUUAUAAAGCAAGUUUGGUCUAACGAGUUGUCAAACAGUUAUAACCGGAACUUUCAGCGAUUUGCAAAAUCACUAAAAAAGGCGGUAAGAAUUGAAACUUUAUGUUACUAUAAAAGAAAUCCAACGUUUGUUCAAAAUAUCAGCCUUGAAACUGCUUUAGGAAUCUCAACUAUUUCUCUUCAUUUCAGAUUACCAAAAUUUAUUCAGUCGGAAAAGAUUUUGAUCGCGUGAAUGUUAAUGGUUUCGAGUAUGUAUUUUAUACAGUAAUAAGAGAUGGUCCUUGCUGAACAGUUUAGAACUGAUAAAGCUAUCCGGUAUAAAUAACGGUAGUUUAGUUUAUGUUUCCUCCUGUAGUAACACUGGAUCAAUACGAGAUGAUCGUUACUGGACCUCUAGGAAGAACAGUUUAGAACUGUUUAAGCUAUUCAGUAUAAAUAAAGUUAGUUUAGUUUAUGUUUCCUCCUGUAGUAACACUGGAUCAAUACGAGAUGAUCGUUACUGGACCUCUAGGAAGAACAGUUUAGAACUGAUAGAGCUAUCCAGUAUAAAUAAAGUUAGUUUAGUUUAGGUUUCCUCCUGUAGUAACACUGGAUCAAUACGAGAUGAUCGUUACUGGACCUCUAGAAGGAACAGUUUAGAACUGAUAGAGCUAUCCAGUAUAAAUAAAGUUAGUUUAGUUUAGGUUUCCUCCUGUAGUAACACUGGAUCAAUAAGAGAUAAUCCUUACUGGACCUCUAGGAUGAACAAUUUAGGACUGUACGUAAAGACCGUAUACCGUUUGCUAGAACUGAGUCUAGUUCACCAUUUAUUUCCAGGCCUGGUUGUUAUCCUUACGAUCCAAAAGCCGUGAGCUCUGUGAUCGUUUACUUCACCCUACACUUUGCUAAGGCUGUUGAUCAUCCACUGAAACCUAUACAAGAUCAUUUAGAUGAUGAGAAAACUUUGGCUGGCAAAGACGUCUUCCCUGAUUCGUUAAUGCUGACAGGUAAAUAAUACUUAUAAUGACAUUGAGAGAAAAAUAUGUAAAGAUAUUUAUAGAUUGUUUUGUCAAAUGUUACUUUUGUAAUUUUCUCUAGGUAUUCCAGAAAACGCCAAUGGAUGUGAACCUCUGAAGCCAACAAAUCAACCAAAACAAUCUCAACAACCCACACCUCGACCCCCAUCACAACUACCUUCCCCAAUACCUGCUCCAGCUAAAAGCCCCCCUCGCCCGCCAGCCUUACCGCAACCCCCGGCUCCAAGACCAGCCCCACCCGGGACUCCAGCCACGCCUAGCCCGCCAGCCACGCCUCAACCUGCAGCUCCCCCUGGGACUCCAACCCCACCUAGCCCUCCAGGCUUGCCUCAACCUCCAGCUCCCCCUGGGAUUCCAGCCACGCCUAGCCCUCCAGGCUUGCCUCAACCUUCAGCGACUCCAGCCCCACCUAGCCCUCUAGGCUUGCCUCAACCUCCAGCUCCCCCUGAGAUUCCAGCCACGCCUAGCCCUCCAGCCUUGCCUCAACCCCCAGCUCCCCCACCGACUCCAGGCCCACCUAGCCCUCCAGCCUUGCCUCAACCUCCAACUCCCCCUGGGACUCCAGCCCCACCCGGGGUUCCAGCCACGCCUAGCCCUCCAGCUUUGCCUCAACCCACAUCUCCGUCCCCAACAAAACCACCAAAUCUUACCCCCACGCCACCAUCGCCACCAAACCCCCCUGAAACACGCCUUACCCCUCCCCCUACAUCACUACCUCCCACAGUCCCGCCUCCUUCAUCUUCCCCACUCCCUGAUUGGGACUACCUUGCAUUAUACUACACUUUUGACAACCACAAAUUCCCCUUUAUAACAGACGUAUCAGGACACAGUAACCGGGGACAGAUGUCCGCUGGGGUCAAUGUCGUAGGGGUACAGAAUGGCUGUGGAUUAGCGGGGUCGUUUAUCGGAGGGUCAAUUACCGUAGAUGGUAGUCGCUUCCACCCUAAACCAACUCAAGCAGUUACCGUUGCUUUGUGGGUAAAGUUUUCAACUGUGGAGGGCGAGCAGACUUUAUUCACUACAUCUCGGCAAGGCUCCUAUAAGUCCAAUUAUUAUUUGGCGUCAAAAUCAGGCAAGAUUACUUGGUGUCAUAAAAAUGAACAGGACGAGAAUUUGUUUGAGAUUACAUCUGAGCGUGCAGUUGUUGCUGGUCAGUGGGCACAUGUUGCAGCUACAUAUGACAGCAGUAAAGGUAGGAUCACUCACUGUAAUACCAUCAUUGAUUACUAGCUUGCACCAUCACAAUAAAGAUCUUGCCAAUUAUUACGUAAACUGCAAACUAAACAACAUUAGUAUAAUUACAUAGGUGAUUAUUGAAAAUUCUCCACGCUGAUUGGUUGCCGUUGAGGUGAUUAUUACGCGUUAAUCACCUAAGAGAUUAAUAACAACAACAGCAACAAAAACACAAUAAUAACAACAACAACAAGCGCAAUAACGGCAACAACAACAACAACAAUAACAAUAACGACAACAACAACAGCAACAAACCCUGAUAAUAACAACAGCAACAACCACGACAAGGAUAACAGCAACAAUAAUUACAACAACUAGAGGUAAUCUCAGACGUGUGAUGAUGGUUUCAAGAGAUAUCCUCGCCAUCUGCAAAUAUCUUUAAUUUGUGCAAGUAUUGAGCGUGGAAAAUAUAUUCGUAUAGGAGAAGCUGUGGUGUUUGUGAACUCGAAAGAAAUAAAGAAAGUGAAAGCAAAAGGCAAACUGACGCAAGAUUGGACAGGAAGAACAGAAAUUGGUAGCUGUAAUGGACAUUAUCCCUUUCAUGGCUCGUUGGAUGAUUUCGUUAUCUACACUAUCGCUUUGGACUCGAAGACCAUUUCAAGACUCUCUUGUACUUGUUCAAUGAAACCAGGUAACGUUGAUGAUACGAAAUCAAUGUUUAAUAUUUAAUUUUAUUUUUAGGUUUUCGAAAAUCAUAAAAAUGAGGCUAUCGCAAACUUUGCAAUAUGAUACGACUGUUGUUAUGUUGUUAUGUUGACUGUUGUUAUGUUGAUUGUUGUUAGGUUGACUGUUGUUAUGUUGACUGUUGUUAUGUUGUUAUGUUGACUGUUGUGUUUGACUCUAUUUCUUUUCUCUACAGGUCCAGGUCGUGAAAGCCAGAUCACAGAACAAUGUCACCGAGGUCCUACCCCCUCACCCCCCACUCCGACAAAAGCAACUAGCAAUGUUCCCACCUCACUUCCUCCGACACUCCCACCGACUGAAGCACCUCCAACUAGAGCUCCUCCUGCAAGGGCUCCCAAUCGACCCUCUCCUCCUAGCGCCCCCGCAGCUGCUCCACCUCGCCCUCCUGGCCCUCCACCUGGGCCCCCUGGCCCUCCUCCUGGGCCCCCUGGCCCUCCUCCUGGUCCCCCUGGCAUUCCACCUGGGCCCCCUGGACCUCCUGGUCCUCCACCUGGGCCUCCUGCCCCUCCUCCUGGGCCAAGUAAGUUAGCAACUAAACCAACUUAUACUGAAUAUUUCUAUCAUUUCUAAACUGUUCUUCCUUCAUCUGGCCUGGGAGCCUCGCUCUCAUGAAUCGUGUGCCAAUCACCUUGCGUUCUUUAUUAAUGAGAACGAGGCUCCAAGAUCAAAAAGUAUGUGUGACGUAAUUAUCGAAAGGGUGUAUUAUAAUAAAUUCGUCAACUGCAAACUGUUUUAAAUUUUAGUUAAUGGCGGCUACACUGAUUGGUCAGAAUGGACCGGAUGUACGUCAUCAUGCGGAAGUGGGAUGCAAGAACGAAUCAGGAACUGUACUAACCCUAUUCCAGAUGGCGGAAGAGAUUGCAGAGGCUUGGGCGCUGAUUCUGAGACAAGAACCUGUAAUACACAGCCGUGUCCAGGUGAGUGCCUUCAUAUGUGCUGGAUAGGCUUGGGAUCACUAUUUCAGAACUCAGAGAUAGAAAGAACUAGCUUUAUAUGUACUUGAUAGGCUUGCGAAUAUUGCUGCCUUUGACUGGGAUCACUAUUUCAGAACUCAAAAUAUAAAAAACUAGCUUCAUAUGUGCUUGAUAGGCUUCCAAUAUUGCUGGCUGAAUUGACUGCAUGGGAUCACUAUUUCAGAACUCAGGAUAUAAAAAACUGGCUUCAUAUGUGCUUGAUAGGCUUCCAAUAUUGUUUCACUGGGAUCACUAUUUCAGAACUCAGAGAUAUGGAAAACUAGUUUCAUAUUAUUCACUGCAGAGUACAACAAAAAUAUUAUUUGUCUCGAGCGAGAUUCAAACUCUCUGGCGUUAUAAGUCAUCGCGAAAACAUUUUGUGCACUAAAUUGGAUAAUACUUGACACCAAUCCCCGUUGAAUCAAACAGAUUGUGGUGAAAUUAUAAUUAGACAACUAUAUAUUGUUGGUGUCUAACCCCGGUCCCUGAUGAGACAGACACAGAUAUGCCAUCAACAUGACGAAAUUAAAAUAUGUUCAUGUAUCACAUUAGAGUUACAACGACGGCAAACUAAAAUUUAGAUGCUUCAUUUUCAUUUUUCCAGUUGAUGGUGGUUUUACGAACUGGUCACAAUUCACUCAAUGUACGAUGACGUGCGGUGGUGGAUCUCAACUUCGGAGCAGAAAUUGUAGCAAUCCAAGCCCUCAAUUUGGUGGCAAGUCAUGUGACCAUCUUGGCGCUGACCAAGAGUCCAGAAAAUGCAACACAUUCUUCUGUCCGGGUGCGUAUUUCUGUGAAAACCUUACGUUUUUUAAUACUUUUAUUGUUGGAUUUUGAAGCCGAAAACAAGGGAAACUAAUUUGAAAUUCAUCUAAUGACAUCGUGUCUGGAAACUUGUACAGUGAAAAAUACCUGUUACAUUUCUUCUUGUACUCUUGAAGGUUAAUUAAUGUUUGAUUGAAUAUUUAGUGAAUGGUGAGUACAGUGAAUGGUCAGAAUGGGAAGGAUGUAGUGGUACCUGUGGUGGAGGGAAACAGUUCCGUUCAAGAACGUGUACCGACCCCCUUGCACAAUAUGGCGGAAUGAACUGUGACUCCAAAGGUCCCCCUAGAGAGGAGAGGAUCUGUAACACCAAUCUCUGUCCAGGUAAGGUAGAACUUCUCUCUUUCAAUUUUGAUUCACCUGCUUGGCAUUUGUUUUCUGACAAUCAUAUUUCUGAAAUGUUUUCAGUCGACGGCGGUUAUUCACCGUUUGGUAAUUGGUCAGUGUGUUCAGCCACGUGUGGUGGUGGCAAUAUGACGCGAACUCGCUCUUGUUCUAAUCCCGUGCCUGCCAUGGGAGGAAAAGAUUGUUCUCAGUUUGGGCUACCUGUGGAAGUCAUGAAAUGCAAUGAACAACAGUGUCCAAGUAAGGCUCUAGUGAAGAAUGUGUUUAUUUUUCCUUCUUGUUCUCGUUUGACCGGGGCAUGAGAGUUGAGAGAACUCUCAUGCAAACUCUCGCUUCUCAACCCUCAUCAACUCUCAGUCUCGUUUGACCAGCACGUCAGUCAGAAUAGAAUUGUGAUUUUUAAUACUAAAUUGUGAAUUUCUUUAUUUCAGUCGACGGUGGCUUCACUCCGUUUGGGGCGUGGUCAGAUUGUAGUGCAACCUGUGGGGGUGGGGUCCAGUCUAGAAUGAGGACAUGCACUAACCCCACACCCCAGUUUAUGGGAAACGAUUGUCAGGGGGUUUUGGUGGAAACCAAGAUGUGUAACGUUCAACUAUGUCCAGGUAAAUUAUCUGUCUUAACGAUUUUUUAAGUAAUGUUUCAUAGAAAUAUUAAAUGACUUAUUUAGCGAUUUAUUAUACAGUAUAUUAUUUAUAGUUUAUUAUAUAGUAUAUUACACUUACACUAUCAAAGUUUGUGUGAUCACAGUAGGAAUUUUGCAUAGGUAAAUUCCACAUUUUGAAGGAUUUGUAAGAAGAAUUUAACACCGAGUCAGAUCUCUCAAACAUUUCUUACAAAUCGUUCAAAACUUAGAAUUUACGUAUGCAAGACUCCUACUGUGAUCACAGAAACUUUGAUGGUGUAACAACGCUCUGUAAUUUUCAGUUGAAACAGGAGAUGGUUUUGGGAAGUGGAGUGAAUGCAGUACUUCCUGUGGGGGUGGGGUGAGGUCAAGAAGUAGCGAAUGUGGCAACAAUCCUUCGUGUCAACCUAAAACCGAAACACAAAAUUGUAACGUGCAACCCUGUCCAGGUAUUUUGCUUUUUGUGUUGGUUAAAUUCUUGUAUACAGCUUUUGAUGUUUGUUUAUGUUAUUUGUUCACGCCCCUUGUGUAGAAUGGCUUAGUUUGAUAUCAGGCCUAGAAAAUAUAUUUGUCUUCUUAGCAGCAAAAAAUAAAAAUUUCCUGUGUAAGUUAAAUAUAAAAGUUCCUGCAUAGUUCGAUUUCAGAGAACAUAUCGUGCCUUACAUUGCGAUAAACUCGGCACAAGACAAUCUCGACUUCUAAAACGCAUUUGGGUAAUUUGAAAAAUAAAUAAAUUAUAUGGCAUUCCAGUAUUCAAGAUGACAAAAAUUUCCGGCAACAUGUAAGAAAAUUCCCUUCGAAGUUUUUUGGUAAAAAUUUAGAAGGCUUUACCAAGAUUUCAAAGUCCAAAUAAUGUGUUUUGAAAAGGCUAGCUGCAGGCGAGUAUUUUAACUGAUUUCCCCAAACGUUGUAAUUUUCAGACUUUCAAAGCGUACAAUUUCAAAGUGUCCUGUUGCACGUCUAGUUUCAAAACAUUAAGUGUUGAUUUCUUUUGUGUUUUCCUCAUGAGUUAUUGCUGAGUUUGAGAAUGUCUUUCAGUUCCUGGAGGUUUCACAUCAUGGAGCAUUUGGGGCAAGUGUAGUACAUCGUGUGGUACUGGGAUUGAACAGAGAACAAGAUCCUGUACUAACCCCAAACCUCAGCAUGGUGGAAUGGGAUGUGAGCUUCUGGGCCCCUCCUUGGAAAUGAAGAACUGUACUCUUAAAGAAUGUCCUGGUAUGUCGAAAUAAGCUGUUUAAAUAGUCAAGUCGUUCAUGAUGGCAUGAGAAAUUCUUGUUUCAAAUCAGCUACGCAAAGCGCUACGAAGCGAGCUUGACUGUGUAUAUUUGAAAUUUCAUUGCAAGUUGCAGCAGAAACUUCCUCGUUGUAACAAAUACAAUUAUUUUCAUGUAGUAAAUGGUGAAUAUUCAGACUGGACGUAUUGGACUCCAUGUAGCGUCACAUGUGGUGGGGGAAUACGUACAAGAUAUAGAAACUGUACCUCACCCUCGCCUGCAUUUGGCGGGAAAGAUUGCGCAGAUCUUGGGGUCGAAACAGAGACAUUGCCUUGUUCUCCUGACCGCUGUCCAGGUACGUGUACUGUGGACUCAAGCAACUUUACCGCAUAUGUGAAAUACACACAUAACAACACACAAGUUGUUACAGGUCUGCAAAUAUGUUGUUACAAAUCUGUUCACAAGCUGUCGACAAGUUGUGUUCGCACUGCUUGUUCCCAGUUGUUGGAACAAGUUUGGAACUAACAAAGUGUGAUGCAGUCAUGAUAUAACAAGAAUGUUACAAGGUUGUAACAAUAUUGUUGUAUCAAUAUUGACUGUAUCGGAUUUGUUGAGACAACCUUGCAACAGGUCUGAUCGUAUCAACAGGGUUGUUACAAUUGUUAACAGCUUGUUCCAUAACUUGUUGACAACUUGGGACAAGCAGUGCGAACACAACCUGUUGACGGCUUGUUGGCAGACUUACUAGAAGAUGUGAGAAUUUUGCGUGCGUCUGCAAAUGUAUGUUGCAGUUUUGUUCAAACAAACUUAUUGUCUUCCAUUCCAGUGUCAGGUGGGUACAGUGAGUGGAGUGAUUGGACGAACUGUACGGCAGAGUGUGGUGGAGGAGAACAAGUUCGUAGUAGGGCAUGUACAAAUCCCGUACCAGAGUUUGGCGGGAAUGAUUGCACUCUGAUUGGUGAAUCUCUGGAGAAACGUGAAUGCAAUAAAGUUCCUUGUCCAGGUACACUACAGUUUAUUCAUAUCUGAUUUACAGAUAUUGCUCAAACAUUCAUUUCUUUUCAAGGUUUUAUAUUAAUCAAUAUAAAACCUUGUGAAGUAUCCUGUGUUAAUUUAUAUGCUGGUAUAUUUUUGCAUCCACUGUAGUACCUGGUGGAUACACGAUGUGGUCGAACUGGACUGAGUGUUCAAGUACUUGUAAUGAAGGUUUACAAUACAGAGAACGACAGUGCACGAACCCAACUCCACAAAAUGGAGGAAAAGAUUGUCUUACCGUUGGACCCGCGACUGAUCAAAGAUCUUGCUUCAUCGCCAAAUGUCCAGGUAGAAUAUCGUGUUUGAUCUUUUUGAGGGAUGACUUUUACCUCUGGCUGGGAAGAACAGCUUAGAAUUAAUAGAGUUAUCCAGUAUAAAUUGGGUUAGUUUAGUUCAGAUUUCGUCUUUUAAUGACACUGGACCAAGGAGGGCUGGCUCCUAUUGGUUUCUCUAGAGGGUUGUUUAGAACUGAUACAGCUAUCCAGUUUUAAAUAAAGUUAGUUUAGUUUAGUUCAGAGAAAAGAUUAAAAGGCAUAGAAACGGAUUCGUCGUCUUAGAUCGUAACGAAAACCGGAAGCUUCUGGUUCACUCUCUUUUAACUUUACUCUUUCCAGAAUUUCGCAACGAAACAGAAUAUACAGAAUGGUCAGAAUGCACGAAGACUUGUGGCAUGGGAAUACAGUCGAGGGCGAGCAAAAAUGGCGAGCAAACUCAAUCACGAUUUUGCAACACAGAGCAAUGUCCAGGUAUGUUCCUCUAUGUUAUUUUCUCCAAACGUUUCUGUAGUGACGUUAGACCAUGCAAUAAGCAGGAUUCGUACAAAACUUGAAAGUCCUUGAAUGUCCUUGAAUUUGAAAACAAAAAUUCAAGGCCUUGAAUGUCCUUGAAUUUGUAAAGAAGUACUUGAAUGUCCUUGAAUUUGUAAAGAAGUACUUGAAUGUCCUUAAAUUUUUCUUGCUUUAGUUUUUGGAUAUUUUCUGAAAUUGUUUGACAUUCAAGACGGACAUUUUGUUGAACUGAUUUUGCAUGUUCAUAUCUGACCUCAUUAUAAAGUUACGUUUUGAACAAUUCAACGUCAGAUUUUGCUGAUUUCUAACGCCUUCUCUUCAGUAUUUAGUCUUGAAUUUGCUGAUACUUGGCCUUGAAUGUCCUUGAAAAGUCCUUGAAUUUGACUCUUCCUGACAUGUACGAACCCUGAAUAAGAGGUGACCCCUCGUAGAUCUCUAGGAAGAACAGUUUGGAACUGAUAGAACUAUCUGGCACAAAAGUUAGUUGUGCUUUAGUAACACUGGAAAAAAGGGCAGUUUAGAACUCAUAGAGCUAUCCAGUGGUUGGGUUUAGGAUAGUUAAUCAACUCUGGUUUUUUCUUUAGUUGAUGGAGGUUAUAGUGCCUGGAGUGAGUGGAUGGACUGCUCGCUUACAUGUGGUGGAGGACUGAGUACUAGACGAAGAUCGUGUACAUUUCCAGAGCCUCAGUUUGGUGGCAAAGACUGUCUCUCCGCCAUUGGGCCUGAUACCGAGAGUAAAGCUUGUAAAACAGACAAAUGUCCAGGUAGGUUGAAGAUACAAGAUUCAAAUACUGUAUAUACCUGUCUAUUGGUACAGUGAAUGCUGUUAAAUUUUAGAACUGUGGAUACUUACAGGAGUAAGCAAAUUUACCCUUUAAUUGGCGUUGCGUCCUAUUGUACAAUUAGCAUUAUUUUUCUCAGCCCUGGCCAGAGGGGUGCUAUUUUUUAUGAUAAAGCAAAAAAUUAUUAGAGGCAAAAUGAGAUACAGUAAUUUGAGUAAUAACAUGAUGACAAGCGAACUGUGGACAACAAUUACAAUUCAAAUACCGUAGUCAAGCAAGACUUUGCAGUAGUGAAGCAAGUUGAUGGGUGGGCGGCACACAUGACCGACACAACUCGGCACCGGAGCUGGCAGAGCACCUACCGGAUCAUGGUGGAUCCAUCCCUGGAAACCCUCAUGUUGUAGCACCUUUAUAGAACAUACUUUUGAACAUCUUACUAAAGUCUUUUUCUCUUUUUAUAUUUGACGAAACUCUACAGUUCCAAAAGGUAUAUCCUUUGUUUAUUAUACAAUAAUUUUGUUAUUUGAAUGAAUAUUUUUGUUUACAAUGUGGUUUGUAUAUCUUACCUACCCGAAAAAAACCCUUUGAAAAACACUUCGACCUUUCCAGCAACUGCCUUCGAAGGCAUUUUGCUUGAAACAGUAACUUGUUUCAUUCUGAUCUUGUCAAUCUCUUUCUAAACCUUUCCUAGUGCCAGUACGCUCAUGCUUGGAAUACAAACGACGUUGUCAUGCCAACGUAGAUGGUGUUUAUACAAUCUUGAGUGAGGACGGAGCGGAGACUAAGGCCUACUGUGAUAUGACUAAAGAUGGCGGUGGCUGGACACUGUUAGUGACGUCACGAUCAAGAGGGGGUUGGGAUGGCAAUACUGUACUUCUGAGGUAUGAGAUUUAGUAAGAUUGUAGAUGAGUAGAAAUCUUGCCAAGCUAAAAUAACUUUUCUUAUACUGACAAAGUUAUCUGUGAAACAAGUUCAGGAUAUGAGCAGGCCAAAAGCUAUCUGGUACUGUUGAAAACACGAGCAGGAGUUCUUUAUCAGAUAUAAAACAGCAGGCGACAGCCGAGUGUCUAAAAUGUGAUAAAGCACGGAUUACGAGUGUUUUAAAUGGCUUAAAAGACGACCCAUCUUAUGAGUUCAUUGACGAAGUAAUUUUAAAAAUCAACUUUGUCAAAGCCGAGAAAAUCGAAGCUAAAGUUUACGUAAAUGGCAAAACUCCCUUUUCUGGCAGAACUCCCUUUUCAAAUAGCAAAACUCCCUUUUCAAAUGGCAGAACUCCCUUUUCAAAUAGCAGAACUCCCUUUUCAAAUGGCAGAACUCCCUUUUCAAAUAGCAGAACUCCCUUUUCAAAUAGCAGAACUCCCUUUUCAAAUAGCAGAACUCCCUUUUCAAAUAGCAGAGCUUCAAAUGUCAAAAUGAGCGGCAAGGUAAGAAUUUGACCCGACAACUCCGCAUUCUGGCCGGACAUUGUCCAGUGACUGGCCGUUAUUUCGCGUCCUAGCUUAGUUUAGUAUAGUUUUUAAGACUGAACUUAAUUUUAUUUUGCCAGGAAUGAGGAAGAGCCCAGCAUCACAAAUGAUUAUUCCAUUCUGAAAUACGCGGAUGGCGUGAAGAAGAUUUCUACAGGAGGAUUUGAGUUUCGUCUGGAGUCUUCGGAACGAGGCUCGAAUGGAGGGAUAUGGAAGGCACCGCAAGGAUAUAGGUAGGAUAUAGUAGGGUAUAGGUAGGAAACAGUAGGAUACUGCCUGGUAUCCGGUAAUCUUUCUAAAUCAUAUCUUUUUGCAGUUUCACGAAGAAAGACAAUUCACAAGUCAAAGUAUUGGAUGUCGCUAAAUUCGGCUCUUGGAAGUAUGGCAAAGAAAGUUUGAGCCAGCGAAUGCCUUGGCUGUCCAGCGGUAGUUCCCUACUCACUACGUCGGAAGGCAAAAAGGGUGAGGAGUUUGGUUCGAUCAUCAGUAAAGACACCCCCUCCUGGAUAAAGGAAACUGACCCCAGUCCUAGUGUGGUCUGGUAUUGGAUGAGAGAGUCACCUGGUAUGGAUUUGUUUGUCAAUAAAUUGUUCGUCUAGUACAAGCCUUAAAUAAUCAAACAAAUGUCUUGAGUUCUGUAUACAAUAAGAUUAAACCUCUGAUUAAACCUACAGAUUGUGACAGUGUAUUAACCUACGAACAAUAACUCUUAUAGCAUUUCCAUCCUUUUAAUUUAGGUCCAUUGUAUGAACAAGAUCGAAGCAAAAAAGACAAAAUGUGUCCAAAUCCAGGUUUGACUUUUGUCAUUUUAUUUUCAUCACCUACGACGUUUUAUAUAUUAUAUUAAUUUUCUUGUUACUGUAGUUGAUGGUGGUUAUACAGAAUGGUCAUUGUGGUCCAGCUGUACCAAAUCCUGUGAUAGUGGUAGCCAGAUGAGAACAAGAAACUGUACAUCACCAUUACCCAUAGAUGGUGGUCUAGACUGUGCUGAUCUGGGGAUUGGUGGUGAUGAGGAAAGCAGACAGUGUAAUGCAAUGGUCUGUCCAGGACAGAUAG